UUUUGAAUAGAAAAAAGUAGAAAAAAAAAAUCUGGUAUGUAUAGCAGUACAAAGAGGAUGAUGAGAUUGAGGAUAAUGAGUCGAUGGGAUAAUUUAAAACUAACACGACUUAAUGAUACACAUUUAUGUGAUAGGGAGAAUUGUAGUGGGUGAGUUGGGGUCAUCAUUUAUGAUUUGAGUCGACAUUAAAAACAGUUGCCACAAUAUAAAUGUUGUUCAUCAACACAAUGAAUUCUCCAGAUAUUAUAAAAUCAACAAAUCAAUUAAAAAUUAUAUUUGUAACAAUUAUUUUUUUGAUAAUCGUGAGUGUGACCUCGACCAAGGAAAUUUUCCGUUCUCAUAAAACUUAUGUUUAUUCAUAUUUGGCUGAAUCAAGUUCUGGUGUAUUGUUACCAUCCAGGGCAGCAUCAACAUGGGGAUUUAAAGGAAAACUUUUUGUUAAAACGACAAAUUCAUCUGCUGUUUAUUUUCAAUUAAAAUCAUUAAAAACAUUUGUUAAUAAUGGAAAACUUGGUGAGACAUCAGGAGAGAUGAAUGUUGAUGAAGAAGAAGCUGCUGUUGAACUUGGAAAACCAUUUGAAAUUAUUUAUAAAAAUGGAUUAGUUAUGAAUUUUAGUGUUGAAAUUAAUAGCUCAAUUUGGGCUAAUAAUAUUAAAAGAAGUAUUGCUGGAAUUUUACAGUUAGAUUUGACGAGUUUAGAGGAUCAAGUUGCUUUUUAUUCACCAGAGAGCAAUCAUUAUGGACGUUGUACUAGUGAGUAUAUUACAUCACCAGAAUCAGUUGAUGAAAAAUGGAUUAGAAAAUUUUUAAAUCCAAGAGCAUGUGUUGGACAUCCUCAUUGGGCUUGGACAAAUGUUCCUCGUAUGCAAUGUCCAACUAGUAACGAGAAUCCAAUUAUUAAAUCUAGUGAACGAUUAUAUAAAAUUAAAUCAAUUGAUAAUAGUAAUGAAAUAACAUUUGUCAAUGCAACCGGUGAAAUAUAUGUUCAACCAUUUCAAAGUUUUGGAGAAGCUCAAUUUUUAUUUACUCGUCAAGUUAUUGAGCUAAUUGAAGUUACAGAUUUGAUUGAUUAUAAAAUUGAUAAUAAAUUUGUUGAUGUUGCAAUUCAACAUCAACUUCCAGAUGAUGAUGAUUUAUCACAAGGUCGAGCUGUUCAUAAAAAAGAAGAAAUAUUUAAAUCUAUAUCCUUGUUGUUGGAUCGUUUGAGCCAAAGACUAGAAAAUCCUGGUCUCGAUACAGAAAUUGAAAAUUUACACAACACAACAGUGUCAAUUUUAUUGUAUUACCUUGGUAAACUUGAUAGAUCUGGUCUUCAAGCUGGUUACAAUAGUAUAUCAGGAACAAGUUACAAAGAAGAGACAAUUAGAAAUAUGUUUUUAGAAACACUACCUCAAAUUGGAACACGUGAUGCAGCUUUAUUUAUUCUUGAUUUAAUACAACAAAAAAAAGUAUCAGAUAUAACUGCAAUGCAAUUACUAACACAGCUACCAUUUCAUAUUAGAAGACCUGAUGUACAAUUACUAGUUAGUCUUCAGCCACUUUUAAAUUUACCAGAUAAAAUAUCAUCAGAAGUUCGUAACACUGGUAUAUUAACAUUUGGUACAUUAAUAUACAAAACAUGUUUAGUAUAUUGUCCAUAUGAAAUGCUUGAUGAUUAUGUACGUCUUUAUCUUGAUAAAUUUACUGAAAAUAAAUUAUAUGAAAUGAAAAUGGUAUGGCUUGAGGGACUAUCAAACAUUCAACUUGGAAGAGUUGUUGAAUUUUUGGAACCAAUUGCUAGUGGUAACAGCUUAGAGUCAAGACAUUUGAGAGUACUUGCUGCUUGGGCAUCAUUACCAACUGCUGCUCUUAGACCUGAUGUUAUUUAUCCAGUUUAUUGGCCAAUAUUAAUUAAUCGUACUGAACAUUUGGAAAUGCGAGUUGCAGCAUUGACACUAUUGAUAAUAUCAAAUCCAACAGCAAAUAGAAUAAUAUCACUUUAUUGGUACAUGCACAGUGAGCCAAAUGAUCAUUUAUAUAAUUUUUUUUACACAACAUUAAAAUCAAUGGAAAGAACAAAUUUUCCAUGUUACAAACAUAUUGGUGAAAUUGCUGCUCAAUUUAGUAGAAUAUUACGUAAACCAACUGAUGAACAACCAAUUGCAACUGGUAAUUAUAUAUUUGAUUAUGAAGAUACAACAAGAAAUUUUGGUGCAAUGAUACAAAGUAUUAUUAUUGCAAGUCCAAAAUCAAAUAUACCAGAAGUUGCAUAUAUUACAUUAAAUAGCCAUGGUAGUGGAACAAAUUUAAAUCAUAUAUCAAUUUAUAUUAAAGCAACUGGACUUAUGCAAUCAUUAUCAAGUUAUCUUGAAAGUCCAGUACGUGUUAAAGAUAUAUUAAAACAAUUUAAAAUUGAUAAGCUAACAUCACAAAAUAUACAUUUUGAAAUAAUAGCAAGAGUACAACAAAAAGCUGUACUUUGUUUACAUUUUAAUUCAACAAAUAUUGCAAAUGCAAUGUCAUAUUUAACAUCAUUACCAGAUAAUACAUUUCAUAUAUAUAAAAAUAUGGAAUUUCAUGUUAAUCAACAAAGAAUAAAUGUACCACUUACAAUGGAAUCAAUACAAGUUACUGAUUUAGGUACAAAUGUUAGACUUGCUGCAACAACAACAUCAUUAUUUUCAUUGAGAGGAAAUUUUACACAUUUUUCUGGUGGAAGAAAUAAUCAUAUGAUUGUACGCACAGCUGUUCAUGGUACUGAAGUUGUUGAAUCAUAUAAUCCAUUAAUUGACGUUUGGCAUUCAGCUGAACGUGCACAAUCACUUCAUGGAUAUCUUCCAGCUAAUAUUACAGUGGGUUUACAAGAUAAGCUAUUUAUAUCUUACAAUACACCUGGUGAAUAUUUAAGAACUGGUAUAACUUUUCAUACACGUACAACAACAACAAUAAGAGGUGUUAAAGUUAAUCAAAAAUUACGAAAAAUAUGUAGUAAUUGUUCAUUGACAUUUACUGUUAAACGAUCAAAUGAAAAUACAAUGAAAGAAAAAAUAAUAUUUGAUUGGAUUGUACCUGAGCUUGGUGGUCAUUUUAAUUUGAAAAUAUUUGAUUGUGAAACACAAGUAACACAAGAUGAAAUAUUAAGUGAUAUUGGAUUUUCACAUCGUGGUAAUUAUCAAAGUUGGCCACUUGCUAAAUGGCCAUUAUUAGCAGCUCAUUUAUUUGAUUAUUUUAGUUAUGUACCACCAAAAGGAAGUUGUGGUUUAGCUGUGUAUAUUGAUCCAUCAAAUAUUCAACCAUCAGAAGUUAAAUUUGAAUUUAUUAAAAAUGGUAAAUUUCAUGUAUUUUCAUUGACAAGAAGUGUAUUAGAAACAUCAGAAAUUAUACAACAAUGGACACUAGCAGCUGUUUAUGAAUCAACAAGUUGGCUAUCUGAUAGUUUAAAAAUAAAAGCAACAAAAACACAACCUGGAGAAAAAGUUAUGAAAGUAUGUAUUGAAAUGGAAAAAAUAAUACCAUGGACUUGGGAUGAUUUAAGUUUAAAAACAAGUGAUCCAGCAUCAAUAAAAUUGAAUGUCAUUUGGGGUUGGUCAGAUCAAAGUAAAGGCAAGUGUAAUGGUACAUCAUUGUUGAUGAAUUUCGUUGGAGAAGUAAGUGAACAACAAAUACAAGAAAGUAAAAGUAACAAAUGGCCAUAUAAACAGUGUCGACAAGAAUCAAUUGGUAAAUCAGUAUUACCAUAUACUGAGUCAUGUUAUGAAGCAUCAAAAGAACUAUCAACACUGAGAAAAUAUCAAAUUGUUGUUAUUUCUGAAAAUCUACCGGAAAGACUAUCACAAAUUCUUUGGAGACUCAAGUCACUUUAUGAUGUCAUUGGAGGAGGAAAUAAUACAGCUCUAGUUGAUGACAAUCAACUUGUUGUUAGUGCAAUAUUUGCUAAAGAUUAUUCAACAUCAACAAUGCAUGUUAAUCAUAAUGAAGUACCAAUUCGUUAUGAUCCAGAAUUUGUUGAUACAAUUUUAAUGCGUACACGUCUUCAUAGAUAUAUUGAUAAUCCUAUGCUUCGAGUAUUUUUUAGUGUUUGUACAUUGACACCUUCGACAAUUAGAUCAGCUUAUAAUGUGACAAAAAAUGUUGAAGAUGAUAAAGAGUUUCUUGUUCUUGGACAAUGCUAUGAUGAUAAUCCAGGCUUUGCAUUGACAUCGUAUAAAAAUAAUUCUGGGCUAACGUUGGUUAUUAAUGAUGAGUCAGAUAAUAUUAAAAUUGUUCCUGAUAAAAUGGGAGGUAGUAUUUACAAUUUCAAUGAUAAAAUUACUAUCGAAAGAGAUUUUAAUUGGACGUUUAUCAAUGGAAAAAGAAUUCGACUGGAUGAAAAAUCAAUUUAUCUAUUUUUGAAUAAUAUUUUUCUUUUUAUUCAUUUUACGGAAGAACAAAUUUUAUUAUUUUUUCCAAAUUAUAUUAAAGAAUUUACUUGUGGUGUUUGUACUGCUCGUACUUUUAAUUCUAAUAUAUAUCAUAAAGUUUAAUAAAUAUUUUAUUUUAUUAUGCUAAUUUUAUAUUAAAAUUAUUUUUAAAAUUCACAAGUAUUUUGUGAUUUUAUAAAAAUUAAUUGUGGAUAAUUCAAGUUUAAUUUUCUAUCAUAGAUGUAUGUGAUUAUCUAUUAGACUCAUUAAAAGUUUAUAAAUAAUAAUAAAGUUUAAAUAAAAAAAAUA